CCAUGACGCUGUCAGUGUGCGACUGACUGCUCGUGGCGCUUCUGCUGAAGGACGGAAUGCGCUUGGUGUGUGUUUGAGCACUGUGAAUGUGUGUUUAAGCAGUGUAUGUGUGUUGCGCGGUCAGUCGGUUCCUGUGUGUGAUGGCCCUGUCUUCACUCUGCAGUGCUCUCAGGUCGCUGACCGUGAGCAGCAUCAGCACCAGGGCCACUACAUCGGUUUUUGGUAGUUCUGGUCUAAAUGCAGCUCUGCUGUCUGCAUGGCCUAUGAAUUCCUCUCUGCCACUUUGCAGAGGCUUUCAGACCACAGUCGCUUUGGAGCAGAACCGGACGUUCUGGAAGCAGACAAAAAAAUACACCAUCCGGCCAAUUGGCAUCAAGAAGACAGGAGGAAGAGACUAUACUGGGAGGGUCAUACGGCACAGGAUCGGAGGUGGACACAAGCAGAAAUAUCGUAUGAUAGACUUUCAGCGGCUGCGUUAUGAAGCAGGCAAAGAGGGUGAGCAGAUCGUAGAGAAGGUCGUUGAAGUCCGGUAUGACCCCUGCAGGUCAGCAGAUAUUGCCUUGGUUGCCGGGGGCAACCGCAAGAGGUGGAUCAUCGCCACAGAGAACAUGCAGGCUGGAGACCUGAUUAAAACUUCUUCUGUGAUUGGACGGAUGGCAGUGUUGGCCAAUGAGGGCGAUGCUCACCCUCUGGGAGCUCUGCCUGUGGGGACUCUGAUCAAUAACCUGGAGCUUUAUCCCGGAAAAGGAGCUCAGUAUAUCCGUGCUGCAGGCACAUGUGGUGUUUUGCUUCGUAAAGUAAACGGGACUGCAAUUGUUCAGCUGCCUUCAAAACAUCAAAUUCAGGUGCUGGAGACGUGCGUGGCCACAGUGGGUAAAGUUUCCAACAUUGACCACAACAAGCGCGUCAUUGGUAAAGCCGGACGGAACCGCUGGCUGGGCAUCCGGCCGAGCAGCGGACUGUGGAAGAGAAAGGGCGGUUGGGCGGGACGCAAAAUUCGACCUUUACCCCCCAUGAAGAGCUUCAUCAACCUGCCCUCAAUCACUGCCAAAGCUUGAUGUGUGAAGGGAGAUCCUACUCAAACUUCUGACUGCUGCAGGUUUAAUCUGGACUCCAGACUCGUCCCAGCAGCGAACAUCAGUUUAGACCCAGUGCUCCCUUCCUCUUGGACAGCGUGGACUUUGAGCUUAACUGACCUGAUUAAGUGACCGAGUGUGUUUCGUUAAAGUCUCAGUCGUCUUAUGGUCUGUGUAAAUAUUCAUCACACAUUUCUGACAGUUUUCUGUUUCUAGCAACAAUGUAUACAGUAAUAAAAUAAGUUAAACUUUG